UUCUUGCUCGUCCGCCAUAUUGCCUUCGCCUGAACGCGCUGGUCUGUCUGGAUCGGCUCGUUUACCCACAGCUGGAAAUAUUUGCAGUCAUGACUCAGACAGUCCAGACCAAUGGGGUUCAGCCCCUCAGUAAGACCUGGGAACUGAGUCUGUACGAGUUACAGAGAACGCCACAGGAAGCUAUAACGGACGGACUGGAGAUCGCUGUCUCACCACGGUCCUUGCACAGCGAGCUAAUGUGUCCCAUCUGUUUGGACAUGCUGAAGAACACGAUGACAACGAAAGAAUGUCUGCAUCGCUUCUGUGCCGACUGCAUCAUCACAGCUUUGAGAUCUGGUAACAAAGAGUGUCCUACCUGUCGUAAGAAGCUGGUGUCAAAGAGGUCGCUGCGCCCAGAUCCCAAUUUUGAUGCUCUGAUUAGUAAAAUUUAUCCCAGCCGUGACGAGUACGAAGCGCACCAGGAGAGAGUGUUGGCCCGCAUUAGCAAGCAUAACAACCAGCAAGCCCUGUCCCACAGCAUAGAGGAGGGGCUGAAGAUACAGGCGAUGACCAGACUGCAGCGUGGGAAAAGACACACGGUGGAAAACGGUAGCGGAGCUGAAGACAAUGGCGACUCCUCCCACUGUAGCAACGCUUCUGUUCACAGUAAUCAGGAGGCGGGCCCGAGCAUCAAACGCACCAAGACGAGCGAUGACAGUGGCUUGGACAUGGACAAUUCUGCUGAGAAUGGGGGUGGGGACUCUGCGAUUGAUGGCGGUGCGAGUGAAAUAGAGCUGGUGUUUAGGCCACACCCCACCCUGAUGGAGAAAGAAGACGGUCACAACAGCAUGGAGUUCGUGCCUCGCUACAUCAAGACGUCCGGUAACGCCACAGUGGACCACCUGUCCAAAUACCUGGCUGUGCGCUUGGCUCUGGAGGAGCUGAGGAGAAACGCUGAGGCCAGUCCUGUCAAUGUAGAGGCAGCGUCAGAGAAGCAGUACACCAUCUACAUACCCACAGCUGGAAACCAGUUCACUGUCCUCAAUGGUUCCUUCUCUCUGGAGCUGGUCAGCGAAAAGUACUGGAAGGUGAACAAACCUAUGGAGCUCUACUUUGCCCCAACUAAAGAACACAAGUAGACACAUUAAGUAUACAAGUAUACAAAGCACGUGCACACACACGCACGCAUACACACUCAAAAAAACACAUACACACUCAGCAGUAGGAAAUAAACAGAUGGACUUGGCUACAUGUGCGCGUGCAUGCACACUCACACACACACACACACACACACACACACACACACACACAUACAUACAUACAGAUACCAGAAGAGAGAGUGUAAGUGAGCGUGUGUGUGUGUCUGAAGGAGAUUGGGGGUGUUUGUGAAGACCCUCAAAAAGGACUCUUGUACAAAGUAAAACAAAAAACUAACAAAAAAAACAACUUGUUUUAUAUCCUCUGUAUCUUUGUGUCCCUUUCUAUCUUUCUCAGUAGAAGGUAGCAGGUCAGUGCAGCAGGUCACUCACACAAACAGAGACCUGCUGCUAACAGUUGCUUUAGAUUUCCUCUGCAACUCCACUCACAGUCUCACUUCACUGUACACUGUUGUUGUUGUUAUACUGUGUUAUUAGUCUUGGAACGGUGUCCCCCCCCUAUUCUGUGUUAACGAUGACGAUGUUAAAGAUGGCGCCAACAACAGGUCAUUUAGAGACUACACAGGAGUCACAUAACUGCUUGAAAAAAUGUGAAGAUAAUAUUGUAAAUACCCCCUGAUGUACACACAUUCUAUUCAGCCACACCUGCUUGUGAAGAAUCUGACAUGGCGGGAAAGUUCUAUAGUAACCUCUUAUUAUUAUAUCAAGUAAUAAUUGAGGGCUUCAGUUUGAAAUUCCGCACUGAAAUAUUUCACCUCUUACGUGCAUGUCAUUUAAGUUCUCUGACAUUUUUUUUGAGAGAUUUUUGCAAUUUUCUGUCUCUGAAAUUUGGUAUCACAUCUGCUCUCACAGUUCCUCUUUGUUGCCCUUAAGCCUUUUCAUAAUAAACUUCAGUGUCAGAA